GGAUCAACAAGUCCAUAAAUUAAAUUUUUGCUUCAUUUACUGUCUUCCCAUUGGUUUUGUCCUAUUGUAAAAGCAGCAUGCCUCUUAUGGCUGCCAUCUUCCUAUUUCUUGGGUUGUUGAUGCCCACCAUUACAGGUCUCUCUGUGGCUCUCAUGCAUAAAUAUAUAUCAUAUGAAUGAUUAUUUCGAUGAAAAGAAGUUAAUAUUACCAUUGAUGUGAGUAGUUUUUACUAGUGGGUUUUUUGACUUUUGAUUAAUUUGCUAUGAAUAUAAUGCAGGCGCACAGUCCACAGGGGUUUGUUAUGGAACACUGGCUGACAAUUUACCAAGUGCACCUGAAGUUGUGCAACUGUGCCAAAGACGUGGCAUCGACAAAAUGCGAAUUUUUGAUCCAAAACCAGAAACCCUCGAAGCCCUGAGAGGAUCUGGUAUUCGACUCAUCCUCGGUGUCCCUAAUGUAAACCUGCAGGCCCUCGCGUCCACCCCUAAUGCUGCAACUGAUUGGGUAAAAUCCAACGUGGUGACUUAUGCAUCAGACGUCGAUAUCUGGUGUAUUGCUGUUGGAAAUGAAGUUAGCCCCAUCAAUGGUGCCACUUCUCAGUUUGCUCAGUAUGUACUCCCUGCCAUGCAAAAUAUUCAAAGUGCAUUGGUAGCUGCAGGCCUAGGGCAAAUCAAAGUGUCCACUGCAUCUUCUGCUGAAUUACUUGGUAGUUCUUACCCUCCAUCACAAGGAGCUUUCAGUGAUGGCGCGAGCUCAUUCAUUGAUCCGAUCAUCGGCUUCCUUGUUAACAACAACUCUACAUUCCUAGCCAAUGUGUAUCCCUACUUUGCUCACAUUGGUGACCCAGUGAACGUCCAACUUUCUUAUGCAUUAUUCACUUCACCUGGGGUGGUUGUACACGAUGGCCAAUAUGGAUAUCAGAACCUUUUUGAUGCCAUGGUUGAUGCCUUCUAUGCUGCCCUUGAGAAGGCAGGUGGGACGGCUUUAGACAUAGUUAUAUCAGAGUCUGGUUGGCCAUCAGAUGGAGGGGUUGCAGCAACAAUGGAGAAUGCUAAAACUUACUAUACCAAUUUGGUUUAUCAUGUCAUGCGUGGAACUCCAAAGAGGCCAGAAAAAGCUUUAGAUACCUAUUUGUUUGCACUGUUUGAUGAGAACCAAAAGCCUGGUCCUGAAUCAGAGCGCCAUUUUGGCCUCUUUUUCCCUAAUGAGGUUCCCAAGUACUGAAUGAGUUUCAGUGGAAAGACUAAUGUGUGAUUC